AUGGAUGUAUUGGUAAAGAAUAAUGUUAAUUUUGCAUACCCUCUCAAAGUCUUAGUCUUUCCAUUUCUUGCAUUAGGAAUUUUAAAAGCCACUCAACUACCAAAACUCCAAUCAACAGUUUUCUGUUGUGGAAGAUUGACUGGUGACUUUAAAAAGGUUCCAUUGUAUACUUGUUCUCAAUGCCUUGUGGAAGUUAAAUAUGCAAAUGCACCAAAGAAAUUAAACCUAAUAGAAAGAGUUACCAAGUCCAAUCCAUUUUUGGGUAUCUUUACUGACAAUGAAGUAAGACUGGCUUGUAGAACUCCUGUAGAUGAUGACAUGUAUGUGAUUACCUAUUGUGACGAUGCCCCAAGUAAAAAGUAUAUUUUAUUUAUUAUUGGCCUAGUAGCGGUCUAUAUUGGAUAUUAUUUAGUACUAUACAUGUAUGCUUCCACAAUAGGGACUGAGAAUAAUCAAGUGGAAUUAUCGGAUGAAGCUAAAGAAUUAUUGAAACAUUUAUCAGAGAAGGAUUUGGAAGAAUGGGUUAAAUCAAAAUCUGAAGUAAAGACAGGUAGUAUGAAGGCAGCUGAGGAUGAAAUUGUUACAAUCAAGAUUACUGACAUUUCUAAAACUGAAAAGUGA